CGGAAUUAAAUUCUGCGGGUUCCUAGUAAAUGGGUGACCGGUGGUGAGGAGACUUUGCUCGGCUUGGGCGUUGAAGCGGCACUCGGUGGACUAAACAAGCCUCGGACUUUCGUGAGCUGUGUCACUCUUCAAUGAACCAUGGAGGCUACAGUCCUUCCUCAAAUAAUAACAGUAUUCGGCAACGAGACAGACCACCAUUGCUACAUCUGUAACAAGAAAUCUUUCAAAUGGAGGCACCAUCUUAUCCGCCAUCAGAAAGUGUCUCACGGAACAGUUUCACCCGAGGUCCUCGUGGCGGCGGGGAAGCAAACUCCCCCACGCGCGAAAAAAUACCCGUGUGAGACAUGUGGAAGAUGUUUCGCCCGUUCAAACAGUCUUAACAACCACGUGCGAACCCACACCAGGGAGAAACCAUUCCAAUGCGAGAUAUGCCACAGAUGUUUUGGUCAACGAAGCAAUCUUGGACGCCAUCGGAAGCUGCACACCAAUCACAAGCCAUUCAUGUGUGAUAUUUGCGGGAAAUGCUUCUACCGUAGAGGGAGUGUUUACGGUCACCGGACAAUCCACUCCAACGAGAAACCGUUCAAGUGCGAUAUCUGUGAGCGGCAUUUCUCUCAUACUGGUGGUUUAAAAACGCACAGGAGGCUUCAUUUUAACGAAAAGCCAUAUCAGUGCGAGACGUGUGGGAAAGCCUUCGCACGUAACAGCAUUCUGAAAAGUCACAGGCGGACACACACUCAGGAGAAGCCAUUCUCCUGCAAAAUUUGCGGGAAAUUCUUCGCGUAUGAGAACAGCAUUAAAGCACAUCAGCGUGUGCACAGCAAAGAGAAACCGUAUAACUGUAACAUUUGCGGGAAGUUCUUCACGUACCUGAGUAGCUUUAAAACCCAUCAUAGGGUCCACACUAAAGAAAAGCCGUACCCCUGCCUUACGUGUGGUCGCCCCUUCGCUCAUAAAAGCAGCCUGACGAAGCACUAUAGGGUACACACCAACGAGAAACCGUAUCAUUGCAGCGAGUGCGGACGCUCCUUCACAAACCUCAGCAACCUUAGGAGCCACGAAUGGGUUCACAAGGAGAACCGACCUCACAAAUGUGACGUCUGCGGCAAAUCAUUCUCACACAAGAAUAUUCUCAAGGUUCACACGAGGAUACACGACAACGAUAAACCCUACGUCUGCGAGAUCUGCUUCAAAUCCUUCAGCCAGACUAGCAACCUUAAGCGCCAUGUUCAGAUGCACGACUCAAUUAAGAAAGUCCCGUGUGAGAUUUGCGGGAAGACGUUUAGGCAGGACUGGGACUUAAAAGAACACAUCAGAGUGCACCUUAGAGAAAAGCCGUUCACAUGUGAGACAUGCGGAAAAGCUUUCACGCGGAAGGGAAAUCUCAAAGAACAUCGGCGAGUUCAUUCCGAGGUAAAAGAGUUCCACUGCGACAUCUGCGGGAAGAGCUUCACCUUCAGGGGAAGUCUACAGAAACAUCGUAAGAAACACACUUACUAGUUCUUAAGACCGUUGCAAGUGGACAAUUACCUCUUGUGUUUAAAAGUAUAUGACUAGAGAAACAACCUCAUUGAGAAGCUCACAUGAGGCCUUUAUGUGGACUUUUCCAUUUCUUUAAGGGAGGAAGUCAUUACACAGUGUAGUCCUUUUGGUAAGUUUUUAAAUUAUAAAUUUUAAAUUGUUGAUUUUGCUAUCCAUGUAUUGUAUACACUGUCUAGUUCAAUGAUCAAGGUGACAGCCCCAAAGCAAUGACGCCAUUUUAUGCAGGUCUGUAAUUUCACUUUUGCGGC